UGGACAAUGAGCUGACGUCAGAAAGCUUCCAUCACAUUCACUUGUGACGCAGGUUGACAAACUGGGUGGAGAAGUUUGAGGAGGGACACGAGCAUCAUUGAAAGAGAGAAAGUGUCACUGGACCUCAGUGCUGUUUUGUAACUGCGCAGACGAGGCUGGAUCAGCUAAGAAUAGUUGAGAUGAUGGAAGUCGUCCUGACCCGACUGCGGGACUUCUCCUGCAAAGACACAACCUUUGACGGAGGUAAAGAAGAAGGAGUGACUCGACGAAGGGUUGACUACCUCCAGGGUGAACGUCCAGCAGGUGGAGGUGGUGGGAAACUGGAUAUUGCUGGUGCUCUGGCCUGGCUGAGACGAGAACUGAUGGAAAUGAGAUCCCAGGACCAGGCUUUGGUCAGGCAGCUGAUGGAGCUCCAUGCCGGCAUCCAGGAGCUCAAACAAGAGCUGUCUGAGGACGAAACAUACGAGGUUGACGAUGAGGCGGGAAGCUGUUGGGACUCAGAGAGCGAUGGAGGAAGUGGCAGUAUCUACUCCGGCUCUGGAGAUGUCAACUUUUCCUUCCCUGUCAAGAAAUCACCUUCAAAGUUUUACUCACAAUCUCUUGCGUCCAAGUCCCUCAGUCGGAGAAGCUCAAUGCCAUGAGGCAAUAAAUAUCAUCAAUCCUUAAUGUUGCCAAAAGAACAAGAAGGUGUGUUUUAUGGUUGGUUCUGAAUUAGCUCCAAUAUGUUUACUAUCAUUGUUGUGUCAUAAACAAAUUAUACACCUAUGGCACGACUCUAUAUUUCUGCCAGUCACACAGCAGAUGUUGUUGUCUUAUUUACUUUAAUGCUCACUGAUUUUGGUAUUCUUUCAACAAUUUUACUGAAUUUAGUUUAGUUUGAAACAUGAAACUCAAAACGUCUUUUGGUCCCACAGGCUGGACAAAUGAAGUCCAUUUGGCUGUUUCCAUUGAAGUUCACUAAUGAAUGUAACAAUGUAAAUAAUGCUGGCAUUUUGACGAGCGCUUCCUCGUGAGAUGAAGAUUGUAAAUGUAUUCGAAUGAUGUACCGCAUGCAGGCACCUUGACUGACUUGCAAUACAAACUCUUACCAACAUGUUUUACAUAGAAAUAGACUUAGACUGUUUAUUAAGCGAAGACAAUGUCAUGAUGGUGUGACAAUAAAUAGACUGGUGCAACCCUGAACAGGACUGAGUGUUGGUUAACUGACGAAUGUAUGUAUGUUUGUGAACUCUUGAAGUAUUUAGUCUUAAUGUUUUAAUCCACAGGUACUGUAACAUGUCCAGUAUGCCAUAAGAAUAAACUGUUUAAACCAUGAUGAUGAUGUUUCCCUCUGUUUUUGAUACAUGAUGAAUUGUUGUUCUUGUUGCUCUGGUUUCCUCCAGUCAUUGUAAAUCGCUUGACAGUUCUUCUUAAUAACAUGUCGUGGAACAAAUGUGAUUUAAAAAAAACUUUAAUCUCACAAAGCAUACUUGUUUUUAACAAAUGUUUUCAAGGACUUGGUGCACCAAAGUGUCACUCUGAUGGAUCGUUCCCUCCCACCUCCACACCCCUGAAACUCUCCCGCCUCAGUCUUUGGAUCUCAGUGUUGAGGCCCAGCAAUGUCUGAGCCAACUGGAGGUCCUGUGAACGCAUUUCCAGCUGCAGCAGGACGACAAAAGAAGCUCCAUGAGUGCAAUACAAUGACUUCAUCCUCCAGUUCUUACGGUUAACUGAGCUUUAUUGGAAAACAUGAAAACAAGUCAACACACUGACGCUACCACUGUACUGUAAUUAGAUUAUUCAGAUAUGUAUAUUUUCUCUUUUGUUGUUGCCCAAUAAUAA